CACCAUCAAUGGCUGAGGAUUUUUUGAACUGCUUUUGAUAUGCUAUUAUGCUCCGUAAGAGAUGGGACGAUCAGUCUGCCUGUCUAUCCUCUGCGGGUCUUCACAGCCCAGGCAGGAAAGAGACUCUUGCUCUUGACCCGUCCUGCAUUACUAUACUAGCCUGCCGCCAGAUGGCCCUCUGCUCCGUACACAGAUGAUACUUUAUUGUGACACUGAUUGUUAGUGUCUGCUCCCCAGUCCCUAGAGCUUGCAGCUAUACAUUUUGUCCCCUGCCAUAACUGGAAAUAUGUGGCCAAACACACUUGCCUAGUAUUCCGGUGACCAGUAUGUGAGGAGUGGGUACGACUGGAUUUCGAACCGUUGCCUAGUAUAUUAUGCAGUAAAGUGUACCUCUCUCUCUCUCUCUCUCUCUCUCUCUCUCUCUCUCUCUCUCUCUCUCUCUCUCUCUCUCUCUCUCACACACACACACACACACACACACNUCUCUCUCUCUCUCUCUCUCUCUCUCUCUCUCUCUCUCACACACACACACACACACACACACACACAUGCAGUGGGAAGGCGCCUGGCGCCCAGUCACGCGCAUGACCAGCUUUGCACUCUUCUUUUCGUCCUGUGGCCUUGGCGCCCAGUCACGCGCAUGACCAGCUUUGCACUCUUCUUUUCGUCCUGUGGCCUUUGGGAUGGAUCUGGUUGUGAUCCAGAGGGCUUUGGGAUGGUUUUGGUCUUCAGUGAUAUGCACACUCAUCAUGAGUCAGAUUGUGAUCCGGAGGCCAUAGUGUCGAUUGAAGCCGGUGUUUGGAUUGCGUAUACUAUCGCACCUGAAUCCCUGCAGAUAUGAGAGAGAGAGAGAGAGAGAGAGAGAGAGAGAUUCUACAUGCACGGCAAGAGAGAGAGAGAGAGAGAGAGAGAGAGAGAGAGAGAGAGAGAGAGAUUCUACAUGCAGUUAUACCUGCCGUGGUUGGAUAAGGAUGUCCAUGCACGGCUUACGUUUGCACACCCACCCACCUCCCCUGUUAUGUAUCCAGGGGGGAACAUUUUUGAUCAUGUGUAAUGAUUGGCCGACUGCAGAAUCGUCUUAUUUCAGAAUUGUAUGUGAGUGAGGGACAUUGGGAGUGGGUUCAGGGCAUUACAUGAGGGAGUUGAGCACUUUUACAAAGUCUUGGUUCCACUGAGCACCAGUGUAGGGAAGGAAUGUGCUUAAUGCUUCCGAGCGAGUAGAUAAGUCAACAAGAGCACAUAACAAGAUGCUGUCCAUAUAGAUAGCACCAGUGUAAUCCCUGGGUGUCAAUUGCAAUCGCUUGAUGGCUCAUGGAAUCAUAUACGAGUACAGCGAAGUAGAUGGGAGCAUUGUUGUAGGCCUAACCUCGAGAUGUGUGUGUGUGUGUGUGUGUGUGUGUGUGUGUGAGGGAGAGAGAGAGAGAGAGAGAGAGAGAGAGAGAGAGAGAAGCUGCGAACAAGAUGGGAGUGCUAUGUAUGGAGCGCAAGACCUGAUGGCAAGGCAUGCACGCCACGUCCAAGUACUAGUAUUGAUAUAUACAAGUUGUCCUUGUGGCACAAGUCUAAUCACUGGGGGUCAGUCGCACACGUGAUUCUGGAGGAUUGGAGUGAUGAAAUGGAUCUGGAAAUAAAAUGGAGAUGUUGCUAUUGGAAGUGACUGUCUGUUAGUUUACAGGUUCAGGUGUAGUGAAGAAGCCUAUAAAGUCAGGCAGCAGGCUUUGCAUGGCCUGUGGAGCUCGGUUGCAGCUUUCUUAUUUUGUUAUACUGUCCGUUUUACUACGAGCUUCAGUUGUUUCCAGCUUGUGGCAAAUGGGCAGGGAAGAUGUUUGCGUGCUCGGGACGGAGAUAUCCAGAUAAGAGGGCACUGAAGGCGAAGGACUGCAUCAUCGGCGAUGGGAAAUGUGUGUGUCAUGCAGCUUGGGGCAGAUACGCUGGGAAGAGCUCAGGUCAAAGAUAUAUCUGAAUGACAGGGCACAGAAAGGCGAGGGAAUGCACAGAUGAAGAGAAGCAUGCAACUGCGGCACAGGGGUGGAAGUGGUGAAAGCAAUACGUCUUGACGGUAUUUGUGGGAUUUGUAUUAGGACGACGAUGAGAAGGAGAGCAGCAGACAACCUGUGAGGGAAAGCGGCUUUUCUGGUUCAUAUCGAGAGUGCAGGGUGGAGCCUGAAGGGUUUGCGAUGAAUGGUAUAGAAACACAUAACUGCUGAUAAACAGGUUAAAGAGGCUACUGUCUUCCCCUGACCACAAUGCACCCUCAUUUUGACUGUACCGGGCCGAAACACACCUUGUAUAUGUUCAUUUUCAGGAUGCGGUUUGUUCGGGGGAAGACAGUAGUCGCUACGGCGCUUCGACAAAAGGGUGGGGCCUCACCAGAGGUGGGAGACGAGAGGAACGAGUGAGAGACAAGAGCACAGUUUCGGGGAGGGGAGACUUGUCAUGCUGUCCAUCACAAAGUACAGGCCAUAGAUCGCUCUCCUUCCCAAAGCGCUCCACGAACAACGCUCAGGUGAUCAGUGGCAUCGGGCACGGCGUAUCAGCUGCAACUUAUCGUGGGAUGGGUUCGGUGACGGAUUGACCGACACACUCUGCGGCACCGGCCUGAGCAAUAGUUACUUUCAGUUUGCGACAACUGCCAAGCAGCUGUGCAGUACUGAAGUGAAACUACUCAAAAUCGAACCAGCCACGCCUGUGAAAAUGCCGGUGGGGCGUUAUGGUUAUGCGAAGGGCUAUUAGCAACCCCCUUCGGGUAAGCGUAAGGGGGUGGGGAACCCCACUUACAGGUCGCGGAAAGAGAAAUUGUUGUGAUUUUUAUGGAUGGGAUUUCCACAGGUAAUAUUGACAACACCCCCUUCCCCCCCCAGCGCGUCUCCUCCCUUUCUCCCCCUGGUAAGACAGGGAAGGAAGUGGUCGUGCCAUGGUCAUCGCCAUGGCUGCAUGGGAAAUGCAGAACACAGUGACCGGGCUGUUCUCGCACAGAAUGGGUUGGUGAAGGCCAGUUUAUAAUGCUGCUCCGCUACCGAGAGAGAGAGAGAGAGAGAGAGAGAGAGAGAGAGAGAGAGAGACUGCUUCUGUCAUCCCAGCAACUUAGUCGACAGGGAAAGAAUGGUGUCAAGUGGCAGCAGCAUAACAGGAAUGGCAGACGACCUGAGGAUUCCGAGCCCCCUCUUUUGGCGGAAAAGACUGGACUGAAAGACGAGGCCGCGGCUGUGCGACUGCCACGAAGUUCACUUUAACAUGUGCAGAGCAGCGUUCAUGACAUCUGUGACGCAGGAGUGAAGGUGCUGUUGAUUCUUGUCCGUCCUUUCGUUGACCAUUACGUAACAUGGUUUGCACUUGAUAUUGCCCUGGGAGGACACAACGAGCGUCCAGCCUUAUUGUUGUUUGUAUCAUUCACCGGCUGUGUGACACCGAUGAAUGUGUUUGCUCCCAGAGAUGUGUGGAUCGACUGACCCUCGUACCGUGUGAGGGUUUGGGAAUAGUCGUCUGGUCGGUUUUCUCCCAGAGAUUUGUGGAUGCAUGUUGAGUUCGGUGGGAUGGCGUUUCGCCUGCAGACCCCAGAAAUAGAGAGACUGUCGGAAACAACGAAGGCUUGCGGUUUCAACGAGUCUGUAAUUGGCAUGAAGGCGGCGGCGAGGCAGGUCAUGCUCGAAUUUCCUGAUUAUGAAAUGGUGGUGCUUUCGACACACAAUAAUAUCCAUACUAACCCGGGUACGUACCAGUGUAGUUAGGUUGUUGGACUUUGAUUAGUGAUGUGACGGUGAACGAAAAGUCCCCCUACGCUUGUUCUGGUCACCGGUACUUGUGUUAGUUUACAAAGGAAUUUGCCCCUGAAUACUAUUUUGAAGUAUUUUCUAUAACUUCUGUACGUAGUGAAAAAUUUCCGUUCCAUUUCGUUUCAGACUGUUUGUUGUAUGUAGUUUUUCUCCGUACUCCAGUUUUUUCUGCGCACUAGUUUUUCCCUCUAAAUAUGUAGAGAGGACGGAUGGGACUGACUUCCUGUACUUAGUGAAAAGAUCCAUUUCUUUUCAGAAUGUUUGUUGUACUUGUGUUUUUUUUUUAAUAAGCAGUUGAGUUAUGGAGAUGGAGUUUUUUGCUGAAUAGGUAGUAUGGAAAAAUGUACACUGGGACUUCGGAGGGAGAUCGUAGAUGGCAUGUCAGGUGGAGGUUCUAUUUGAGAUUGCCCAUCCCCAUUCAUGGAGUUUGCCCCAGUUCGUCUCGGGGGGGGGCAGGAGGGAGGUGAUAUCGUGUGGACAAAGAAGAGAGAUGGUCAAUGAUGCUGUGGAAGAGAGAGACCAGCGUGAAAAGUUUUUUUUUUUUUUUUUUUUUCCGGUUCAAGUAUAUUUUCAGUUUGCAGCGGCUGCAGCAGGGGCUUCCCUCAUUUUGCAGUGGAAAAGCCGUACUGUAAGCCUUUCAAUUCGUCGACCAGUGGGAAGUUUAAUUAAAUAAUAAAAUAGACUUAAGUUACUAUUAAUAGUGCAAUUUGGUUUUGUCCCUUUGUAGAAGGGGAAGCCAUCGUAGAAGACUCUGUUCCUUGGUCGUAGAAAAGAAAAGGAAGGGGGGAAAAAAAAACAUUCGGCAAAGCAUUCUUUAAAAAAAUUCUUUUUUUUGGCAAUAGAUAGCACAAGGCGCUCACAGAUUCUGGUCUUACCCCUUCUUAGUACUUCAGAUUGGCGAGCAUGUUCAAUAUCUUUGCGGCAGCAGAAUGCUGCAAUUUUCUGUCAUCUGCUCCAGUGUGCUUUGUCUGGCUGGCAUCUGGUACCUGCCGCCGUUUAUGCGGGCGAAGAAGAAAGGUACAUUGCUGUUUUGCUUAUUUACAUAUCUCCAAUAUCUGGUGGAAAUUCGCAGGAAAAAAAAAAAAAAAAAGAGCCUCAAGAGAGUGACACCGGCGAAGUUCUGUGGUUAAGAAGCAUUGGGGGGUGGGAAAAGGGGGUCUGGAGACGCGGGGAGGAAUCCAGUGAAGUUGUGUGAUCGGAGCAUGGAGGGCAAACGAGCGCUGCGGCUAGGAGGAAGCAGAGGGUGAGAGGUGGGGACCACAUGGGAGGUACAUGUAUUGAAAAGAAAGCGGACGGUUUGUCAUGAAUGUUCUUUUUCCGUGCCUGGGCCAGUGUUUUUGUACAUAAUACAUAUGCUUGGCACGAGCAAUACACGUAACUGGGCGGGCUAUUGCAGUCUGAAUCUUAUGGGGUUAUAACAAAUGGUAAAUUCAACC